UUCGUUAUGGCGCCAGUCACAAGUCCGCUGCGCAUCACGAAUCUUGAGGAUGGAGAGACCAUUCAUCAGCUAUGUCGUCCAUCAUUCCCGUGGUGGAUUCAGACUGAUCAAUCCAACAGCGCUGCCUCCUCGUUACUGGAGCAUACGCUUUCGAUGCUGCCGAAGGGAGCUACAUUCACGUCGUUACCAAGGGAGCAAACAAAGCCGAAGUCUUUCCAGAGCAGACAUGGCCCCAUUCUCGAAUUCGCCUAUGUCUGCAAUGACUGCAUUGAACACACAGUCGAAAUCAGCGUCAACCACUGGCCACUCCUGCAGUACCCGCCUCUUCAUCUCGCAAUCAUGGUCGCUUCUGAUUCGCCAUGUCUCAUCGACUGCCCGCCCAGCAAAGCCGCCGGCGUGUCUUGUGCACAUGCCGACCUCGAUGCUGCCAUUGCCAAGCUUCGCAUGACGGCGUACAUGUGGCAAGCCAUGACUGCUGAGGAUUUGCGGCUGCACGGACUCGGACGACGCUCAUUCAGAUUCGACGAGGAGUGGACUGCCGAUACUGUCAGUCGCGAAUUCACCAAUGCGCGGAUUGAACAAACUGUGGCUCAGGAUGGCGCUAUGCGGUCUACGGCAAAGGUUCACGUGAUCCGCUCGUCCAAGACUGUUCGCGAGAUCCGCGAUGAGAAGAUUGCGCAGCAGAAUCCUAGGGCGUAUGGCACCGACAGCCUGUUCGACUACUUCAAGGAUGCACUGAAAGAGGCUGGGGGACCGUUUUCGUCCGACGCUCAGCCAAUUGUUGCUGGUCUUAUCCUGGACUCUCAUUACAACGCUUCAAAGGAUCUUAUUGUCGGCCAUGCCGCGCUGGGUGCCCACGACCCGCAUGGCUUAUCACUCGGCAUGUUUGGUAGCCACUUGACGUAUUCGUGGCCGCGGUUCCUAGAAGAGGUCACCAGCUGCUUGACCGACACACGCAAACCUGGCGACAAAGUCGGCAACGACAACGGCGAAUGCACCACCAUGUGGGAAGCAUGUGCGAUUGGCCAAGGAGCCCAUAUCCACGAGGUUGGCCAUGCCUUUGGCUCACCGCACCGUCCAGGCAUCAUGGAACGAGGCUACGCGCAAGACUGGUCCAAGAACUUCCUUUCGAAAACCGCCUUCUCGGGCCAUCUCAGACGUGAGGGCGUGCUUGUGGAUCCUGCCACUACGUCCAACAAGGCCCGCUGGAACCUAGCGGACGCACUCUCCUUCCGCAUGCUACCUCAUUUCCGCCUCCCCACCGAUGCCGUCCCCAGCGACUCGGAGAAGAAAGCAAGGCCCGACGUUCAAGCCGUGCAGGAAAACGAAGAAAGCCCCAUGACGCUCCAAAUCACCUCACCCAGCGGCAUCGCCCGCGUAACCUUCAACCUCACCGAGCACACGCAGCCCCCCAACUGGCUCGACGCCGCCCCACGCACCAUGGACUUCAGCGAGACAGAACUCGAGCAGCGCUUCGACCGCACCCAGCCGCUUUCCCUCUCCAUCCUGGGGCUAAACGGGCGCGAACGCCACAUCCAGGAUGCGUGGAAACUAGUCCGCAGCCGGUCUCUAAUCCGGAUCCCAGGCUCUGAUAUGCGUCUGCGCAAGCAGCUCGUAUUUUCGUCCGACGACGACGCGGAGCACGCGGGCCAAAACGCGGCGUACACGUGGGCGCAGCUGCUGGUGGAAAGGGGGGCGGACGGGCGUCUGCACCGCGCGGUGUCGAUUGAGCUGCGGGUAGGCUGUUUGUGGGACGGCGGCGUCGUCAGGUACGGCGACGGCCACGUUUCGCACUGGGGCCCCAUGCGGCGGCACGGCCGGAAACACCGGUUCGGCGGGCAUGCGUCGCAGACGCUGCGGCUUCCCCGCGGCGAGCGCAUUGCAGCCGUCGAGGUCAAGCCGUGCGAUGGCGUGCGCGUCUACCUGGCCAACGGCGCGGCGGCCGGCGAACUCAAUGCGUAUGCGCCUGAGGACGACGGUGAGAUUGUGAGGGUGGAGCCGCGCCCCAACGAGCAGAUUGUGGGGUUUUUCUUGGUAGGAAUAGGCGCAACGAUGGGUUCUGCGGUGUGUGUGAGUUUGGCGUCAUUUGUAUGUCUGCUGAGGUCGACUUGGAGGCGUUGCCGGAUGCGGUGUGGGAUAUGGCGGAGUUGAAGAAUACGGCGGGGAUGGAGGAUGAAGAGGACGACGAC